AUGAGAAACCGAUCGAUUCCGAAUUUCACCCAUCCACUCACCCAAGCCAGAUCUUAUUCCGUCCAACACAACAUUAAUCAUCAAGACUCUUUGGCAGAGCCUAACAUCGAAUCUGCCAAAGUAAUUCAUCAGCACCUUAUCGAUUACUAUGGGAAAAAGUUCUUGAACGACGCCAUAGCUAAAAAGAACGCUAUUCAAAAUCCCCACCUCAUUAACGAACCAUACUAUGAACUAAAUGAUCAAAACAACGAUCCUUAUCAUGUUUCUUUUAAGGGUCCUCAAGAAGAAAAAGCGAAGAUAUCUUCUCCUGAACCAGAAACCACAAAACCUCCGUGUGCAGAAGCCAAAAAAUCAAAACCCAAGCCAAAGCCUAUCUACAAGAAAGUGACAUCAACCCCAAAACCAAAAGCAUUUGAGAAACCGAUCUUCAAUGAACUGGCAGUAACGCCAAAGGCUGUAGGUUUAGAACAAGAAUACUAUUCUGAAGAAAUCAUCACUCCCAAAAAUGUAUUCUUCAAAGAGAACAUCAAUGAGGUGGGGAAUGGACUUCCUUUAUCCCACGAACAAAAAAAGGUUCUUGAACUACUUAGAGAAGCCGAGGAAUUUAUGAAUGGAGCAGGACCGAACCUCGAAGCCCAAAUUCAGGGCAGUAAAGACAAUAAGGAAGACAUUGAAGAUGUUGUCCGCAAAAUUGAAGAGCAUGAACCUGAAUCUUACACCACAGCACCUGUAGAAACUCAGGAAGAAGAUGAACCAGAAACAAACACCGAUGUUACAGAGACUGGAAACCCUAGAGAUGAUGCAGAGGAUAUAAGAGGAAAUAAUGAUGAGAUUGUUGAUGAUGGUGAAGUUAAAGUAGGAAACGCCGAUGUCGUUGAUGAUGAGGAAGCUUCAGAACCUGACGAAGAAGAUAUUAAACAACCAAACGAGGAACCAGAAGAGGAUAGUGAAGAUAAAUCAGAGGAAUCUGAUACUGAAGAUGAAACACCACCUGAAGUAGUACCCGAAAACCCUAAAGAGGAGAUUCAAGAUACCACUGAGCCCGGACCAAAAACCGAGAUUGAAAAAAAUCCGGAACUGCAAAAAGAAAACGAAGAACCUGAAUAUUUUAAACCGGAAGAAUUAUAUGAUGAACUAGAACGAAUAGAAAAGAUUGUUUUUGAUGGGCAGAAAAACGAAAAAACUGCUCCUGUGGCACCUGAAAAUGAAUCAUCUGAAGAACAACAAGAAAAAAACGAUAAAGCAAGUGAAUCUGAAGAAAGUUCUAAAGAAUCUGAAGAAAACAACGAGGAAGCUGAUAAAGAAACAGAGGAAGAAGAAGAGGAUGAAAAAAAAUCAGAAGAAAAAGAAGAAUCGAGUAAAGAAAACACAGAAAAGGAAGAAGAAAGCGAACAAGAAGAAUCUGGGGAAGAGUCUGACGAAAAUCCAGAAGAACAAAAAGAAGAAGCACCAAGUAAAGAGUCUAAGGAAGAUGAAAAACGAAGAAUUCUUGAAGAAAACGAUAGAACUUUGAAAGAAUUAAUUAAUGAGGACUUCGAAGUAGAAGAUAUUGAAGGAUUAAACAUUCCUAAAGGUAUUAAAGAUACAGACAGGUACAAAGAAAUAGUCGAAGACGUGAAAAAGCCGGUGGACCUCGAUAAAUUCACUUCCUUCGUCGAAGACGACUUAGAUUUGGACAAUUUUUUCAACAAAAAGUUCGAGGAGAAUUUAAAUAACCUGAAUAAAGCUGAAAACAGCGUGGAAGAGGAAGAUGAAGUUGAAGAAUCAAAGGAAGAAGAAAAGAAAGAUGCUGAAAAGCCUCAAGAGUCUGGGGAAGAAGCUAAUGAAGAAAAUGAGGAUGAAGAGGAAGAAAAUGAUGAAAGUGGUGAAGAAAAUGAUGAAGAAACAGAGGAAAGUGCUAAGAAAGAAGAAGCCGAGACUAAAACCCAGGAAAAAGAAGCCAUAGACGAUGAUUUACCCACUGAAGACUCCAAAACUCAUGAAAUAAUCCAACCCCACCUUCACUCAGGCGGUUUUGAAAAAGGUCUUCAAGUUUUCGACACUUCCCGACAAGUAGUGACGGUACCCUUUGAUUAUGACUACAGUGGAAGUCAAAAGACUCCAGUUCAACAGUCCCCACCACUGCAAAGUACUACUCCUUUAAGUAGAAUUGUAAAAAGACAAGUAAAAGAGAUUGACUGGUAUUAUAAGCCGGAAAAGUACGAUCCUAGUUUUACUUACGUCAUACCGGAGCCGAACAUUCCCGAUUUGCAGAAGUUCGAGACCAAAGAGCAUAAAGAUGAAGAGUUGGGUCCUACGGCGUUUGUUACAGAAAACGAAAGUGGUAGAAAAAAGACUUAUAUUAGGGUGAACCAAAAGAAAGAGAAUUUGUAUGAUUAGGCAGAUAAUUUGAUAUUAUUUUGACUUCCGUGUCUUUUGAAAUAACAUUCAACAUACUUAUUGUACAGGGUGUUUCAAAAAACAUGUGCCA